AUGGCAUCGCGGCCUCCGGUGAUUUGCGACACCGGCACGGGGGUGAUCAAGGCAGGGAUGGCUGGAGAGCAGGAACCGUCCGUGAUGCUCCCAAACCUACUGGGCCGCCCGGUGCUGCGCGCGGAUGGCAUGGUGGUCGGUCAGGUGGAGGACAUCAUGAUUGGAGACGAGGCCAAUGCAGCGAGGUCCAUGCUGCAAUUAUCCCGACCCAUUCAGAAUGGCGUGGUGAAGGAUUGGAAUGAGAUGGAGGCCGUUUGGGACUACACCUUCAAGAAGCUUGGGAUUGAAAACCCAGCAGACCACAAGGUGCUGCAGACGGAAGCGGCACUGAACCCGCCCCGGAAUCGCGAGAAGAUGGUUGAGAUCAUGUUCGAGCGGUAUGGCUUUAGCGGAGUCAACGUCUCCGUGCAGGCGAUUCUAGCCUUGAAUUCCAGAGGGCUGCAGUCAGGCUUUGUGGUGGAUUCAGGAGAUGGAGUCACCCAUUUGGUGCCAGUGACCGAAGGUUAUUUGGAGCCGGCACUCGUACAACGAGUCAAUUUGGCUGGCAGACAUGUCACUGAGCAGCUGAUGAAGCUCCUGGUAGGUCAAGGGCAUCCGUUGAACUCGACCACUGACUUUGAGACCGUCCGUGAGGUCAAGCAGAAGCUAUGCUAUGUGGCCUACGACCCGGAAGCGGAAAAGAAGCUUGCCAGGGAGACCACCUUGGUCGACCGUCAGUACGUGCUUCCGGACAGCCGAACCAUGCGGGUGGGAGCCGAACGGUUUCUGGCGCCGGAGAUCUUGUUCAAGCCAGCUUUGGCUGGGCACGGCGACACCGAUGGAUUGGCCGAUUUGGUGUUUAACACCAUCAGGCGAUCUGAUAUCCACGUGCAGAAGGAUUAUUUCAAACAAAUCCUGCUCUCGGGUGGCACGACGAUGUUUCCGGGAAUGUCCUCAAGGCUUGAAAAGGAUCUCAAGGCUCUCUAUUUGCAGAACGUCCUCCAAGGGGAUUCCUCCCGUGCCAGCAAAUUCAGGGUUCACGUGGAGGUCCAACCCCCAAAGCCCGUGAAUUUGCAUCCUGCCAUCGUGCAGCCUCUCAUGCCAUUGGCCAAGGAUGGGGACAUCGCACAUGCGCACCACGCAGACCUGAUAGUGAAGAGACGUCCUGGCGUCCUGCAGAUGUGCUGCCAGCUCAGCGGGGAAGAGGGGGGCGAUGUGCUGCCGGUUGGGCCCGCGCGAGCGAACGCCAGUGACCCUGGCCGUCAGGAGCACGGGACGCGGGCUCCGCGCGAGGGACGCGUUCGGGGGGAAGCCUCCAAGCGAAGCGAGCUGACGGUGUCCUGCAGGAAGUCCUUGAAGCGAACCCAUGACCUCUUCGUGGGGAACGAAGAGUUAAAGCGAGUGGAGGAGCGGUAUGAGCACAUCAGGAAUGUGCCUGACCAGGUCACAGAUGAGAAUGCCGCGUUGCCCUUCCUCCGUAGUGCGCCGGCGGAUGACGCCACUCGCGAGGCCUUGCCAUCAGCUAUUACUCAGAUGCUAACAGAUGGCGAGACGGGUCAGAAGACCUCGGGUCCUGCGGUGGGACCAGUGGCACAUGGCCUGCUUGUGGUGCCGCUGGUGCCCAAGGUCUCCGAUCCCUCCACGGAGAUCCAGGUUCGCCCGUUGCGUGAGCGGCCGGAGAUCCCCAAGCCCAUUUGGCAUCCACCCUGGAAGCUCAUGAGGAUUAUGUCUGGCCAUGAGGGCUGGGUUCGCACCGUUGCAGUGGACCCAACCAAUGAGUGGUUUGCGUCCUCGGGCAAUGAUCGUCUCAUCAAGAUCUGGGACCUGGCCAGUGGCGUGCUGAAAUUGUCAUUGACCGGACAUGUGAGCACCGUUCGUGCAGUGGCUAUCUCUGACAGGCACCCGUACCUCUUCAGCGCUUCAGAAGACUGCGAGGUGAAGUGUUGGGAUUUGGAGCAGAACAUGGUGAUCCGGAAUUACCAUGGCCAUCUCAGUGGCGUUUACACCUUGGUCUUGCACCCCACGCUCAACAUCCUGGCUACAGGAGCUGAAAUGGGCGGCCGCGAUGGCUCGGUACGCAUCUGGGACAUGCGGACGAAGACCGGGAUUUUUGUGUUCACCGGUCACACCAAUGCGAUCUGCUCUCUGGCCUCACAGGCAUCGGAGCCGCAGUUCCUGAGCGGCUCAAUGGAUCGCAUGGUCCGGCUGUGGGAUCUGGCAGCAGGCAAGUGUGCGGUAACCCUAACCAAUCACAAGAAAAGUGUGAGGGCUUUGGGCAUCCAUCCGCUCGAGUAUACCUUUGUCUCCUGCUCUUCAGACAACAACAAGGUGUGGAAGUGCCCCAAAGGAGCUUUCGAGCGGAACAUUCAGGGCCACAACGCCAUCGUGAACUGUUGCGCGAUCCGAGAAGGGCAGCAGGGAUCGUCUCAGCUCAUCGCGGGCACAGACAAUGGCUAUUUGCAUUUUUGGGAUUGGAGAAGUGGCCACAAGUUUCAGAGCUUGGAGGCCAUUCCCCAGCCUGGUAGCAUGAGCGCCGAGAAUGCAAUCUUUGACAUGGCGCUUGACCAGAGUGGAAGCCGCUUGAUCACAGCAGAGUGUGACAAAACGGUGAAGAUCUACCGAGAGGCCCGAGCGAAGAUCAUGCUGAAUGUCUUUCAUCGCUAUGAUGACAUCGAGCCGUUGAUGUGGAACGGGGCAUGUGGCUUUGGCUUUUCGGUCUUUCCACCCGGCGCUAAAAGCAGAAGGGUGUGCAUCAUGACAUCUUCUUUGUCAGAGCUGGGGAGAAUUAGAACCUAA